UAAUCACAAUUUUUCCUUAUAGAAAAUGAACUAUUAAUUAUAAUAUUUUCUUAGAAAAUGAAUAUUUAUUUACAAUUAUAACAAAACAAAAUGAGUAGUAAUGAUUAUAAAACAUGUAGACAAAACCAAAAUAUUAAUUAUCUGCCACCUAACCUAAUUACAACUUCACACAUUCUAGUUGGUAAAGAAUCCGAUAUUUCAAUACCUAAUAUAAAUUCACGAUUUCAUGUGGAUAAAAUUGAAGAAAACAUAGACAAAUUUAAUAAAAAUUAUAAAAGUACUCAAACUGAGAGAAAUAUUUAUUCAAAAAUGCAUGAUAUUCACUUAAAUCCAAAAUUAUUUAUGCAAGGAAGCCAAACUAAUGAAAAUCUACAACAAAACUCAAAUAUGCACAGAGUUAUGUCAUCCUUAUUUGAAAAUAUAUCACUUAAUGAUAAUCAAAUGCUAUAUGAUUCAAGAGGUUCAGAUCCCAGUAAUUAUUACCCUGAAUACCAUAUUAAGCAGGGCAAAUUAACUCUAACUGAUUCCUCUAAUUUAUUGAAAAGGUUAGACUAUAAAUUAAAUAGAAAGCAGUUAAACCCAAAUUCAGAUGAUUCUAGUGAAUAUAUUAGUGAGGGUGGAGAGAGUACAUUCUCUGAUGUAGAUAAUAUUUCUAAAAAAUAUAGAAAUUAUAGAGGAAUGUCAGAUAUGUCAGCUAUCAGUGAAAUACCAUGGCCUCCAUCAUCAAGAAUUAAAUCAAACUUGAGAUGCACAAAGACAAUUGAAAAAAAGAAAUUGGAAUUAAAUAAAGAUUCACCAAAAAUGAAUAAAGUGAAAAAUUUUUAUGGUAAAAUUUUUAAUAAUCCUUUUUCAAGAACUGAUAAAUCUGAAAAUGAUUCUGAAAAGGUUAUACUCUCUGUAACCCAUAGCAACAUAAAUAAAGCAUUUAUUGGUGAUGACAGCAAUCCAGUUAAUAAUAGAAAUGGAAUGACAAAUAGUGAUUUAGAUAGCAUAAUUCAUCAGAAGAAAAUUUCCACAUAUGACACCCUUCCUUGCUUGGACCAUUAUAAAAAUAUUUUUUCAAUAGAUAAAUUCAAGGGGCGCCCAAGCUUGUCUGAACUUCACGAGGGUCUAGAUCCCAAUGAUAUUCUCCAACAAAAAUCUGAAUUUCCUUAUGAUAAUCCCGAAAAUUUAGAAGACAACAUGGGCUCUCUGAGAACAAUAGAAAAGGAAAGAGGUAUUUCCCAAGGCCCUAAAUUUGGUUGGAUCAAAGGUGUCUUGUUGCGAUGUAUCUUAAAUAUAUGGGGUGUCAUGCUCUUCCUCAGAUUAUCCUGGAUAGUAGGACAAGCCGGAAUAGGGUAUGCCACAUUAAUAGUUCUUUUAUCUGUAGUCGUAACUAGCAUUACAUCUAUGUCUAUGUCCGCUAUAUGCACCAAUGGUGAAGUCAAAGGAGGUGGAGCCUAUUACAUGAUAUCCAGAAGUCUCGGACCAGAGUUCGGGGGUGCAAUAGGCGUAGUUUUUUCUAUUGCUAGCACCGUAGCUGUAUCGAUGAACGUAGUAGGAUUGGCGGAAACGGUUGUCGAUCUCAUAUCGAAACACGGUCCUCAUUUGUUGACCAUAAUUAGCGCAGAAAAUUGGAUAAGAAUAGUUGGUUGCAUUACAGCCAUGCUCUUAUUAAUUAUAGUAAUCGCUGGGAUGGAAUGGGAAUCUAAGGCCCAAGUCGCUUUUUUGAUUUUGUUGUUACUGGCUUUCCUAGACUACUUUUUAGGCACGGUUCUUCCUAUUCCAAACGUCAAAAAGGCCAAAGGUCUUUUAGGAUAUCAAGGUGGCUUAUUAAAAGAAAACUUUUUCUCCGAUUUUCAUAAAGGCGCUUCCUUUUUCUCAAUUUUUGCGAUAUACUUCCCGUCCGCUACUGGUAUUUUAGCCGGAGCAAAUAUAUCUGGGGACCUAAAGGACGCUCAAAAAGCCAUCCCCAAGGGAACUUUCACUGCAAUCUUGAUAACGGCAACCUCUUAUAUUUUCAUGAUUUGGACAUUUGGGUCUGUUAUGCUAAGGGACGCAUCUGGAGAUAUGAAAGAUCUAUUCGACUCUAAUAACUCGAUUCCACUAUCUACGGCUCAAUUAAUCAAACCCACUAGUCACCUUAGACUGUGCGGUAAGACAGGCAGUUGUAAAUAUGGACUUCUUAAUGAUUACCAGGCUGCUGAAAUGAUUUCAUAUGUUGGGCCCAUAAUAACAGCUGGCAUAUUUUCCGCUACUCUCUCAUCGGCUCUUGCGUGUUUAGUGGGAGCGUCGAAAGUUUUUCAGGCACUAUGCAGGGACAAAAUAUUUCCCAAAAUACACGUUUUAGCUGUCGGCUCCAAAAAGAACGAUGACCCGUAUCGUAUUUACAUACUUUCUUUCGCAAUAGCGGUCCUUUUCAUUUUAAUAGGUGACCUCAAUAUAAUCGCUCCUAUCAUAUCAAACUUUUACUUGAUGGCCUACGCUCUCAUAAAUUAUUCGUGCUUCGAUGCUUCUUUAUCGAAUUCGUUAGGCUUUAGGCCCGGAUUUAAGUACUUUAACCCCUGGGUCAGUUUGAUUGGCGGCUUUCUGUGUGUUAUCUCAAUGUUUUUGAUCAAGUGGUGGGCUACCGUUAUAACCUUCGUAUUCAUCAUCGUUUUGUAUGGUUAUAUUCGUUACAAAAAACCUGAUGUUAAUUGGGGUUCGUCUACUCAAGCUCAUGUUUACAAAAAUGCUUUAACAUUUUUGUAUAAGCUUAACCAAACAGAGGAGCAUGUCAAAAAUUUUAGGCCACAAAUUUUAGCCUUAACUGGUGAUCCCAGAACCAGACCCACUUUCCUGGACUUUGCGAAUCUAUUCACCAAAAACUUGAGUCUCCUUAUAUGUGGUCAUGUUAUCAUUAAUAGUUCUAGCGAUUGCUUAUUGGAUCUCAACACACCGAAUGUUUACGAAUAUUUUCGUCAUAAACGCAUUAAAGCUAUUUACAAUCCCAUAAUUGCCCCUAAUUUGAAGGAUGGAGUCAGAGCAUUACUUCAAUUGUCAGGUUUAGGAAGAAUGCGACCUAACUUAUUAUUAAUGGGAUAUUUGAACGAUUGUACCCCCAAAAACUUGGAUAUUCUUUUGUGUUACUUCAACAUCAUUCACGAUGCUUUUGACCUAUAUCUAUGUGUAGGCAUACUUAGGAUGCCUAUGGGGUUAUCUCUUCCUACACGUUGUAGUUUUGCCCAAACAUCACCAAUCUUAUCGCAGAAAAAUGAUAUUUCCCCAGAGCGCGAUAACAAAAUUAUGGUUCCAAAUAGUACCUAUCAAAAAUCACUACCUUCUAACUCUAUCACAUCUCUCACGUCUAUAGCAUCUAAUAAUAUUAUAGAUUCUGUAAAAUUUCAUAAGCACAAGAAAAUAUCCAAAGCACGUCCUUUGUCUUUUGUUGGGGGACAAUUCGUAGUCAAGCGUAAAUUGAGCAAUAAAUCGAAACUCAAAAAUUUGUAUCACAAAUGUUCACCCAAAUUUGAAAGAGCUAAAGAACUUCCUGAUAACCCUUCGAAAGCAAGAAAAAGUGCUAAUAAAAUUAGUCGCAAAAAGAAAUUUUCUCGGGCCAUAACCCAAUUUUAUCAUUCCAAUCACCCUAAAGACAUCCGAGGUUUACGACUUUAUUACGACAAUUACUUCCGCGUUAGGCAUAAGCGUAGUACUAUAGAUGUAUGGUGGCUUUUUGACGAUGGAGGCCUUACAAUUUUACUCCCUUAUAUUAUAUCGCAGAGGAGAAAUUGGCAACAUUGUAAAGUUAGAUUUUUCGCUUUAUCAAAAGACAGCAAAGAAUCGGAUCUUAUUCAUCACAGCUUCGCAGCAAUGUUGAACAAAUUCAGGAUUGAUUUUUCUGAUGUUUUUAUCAUUCCAGAUAUUGAAAAACUUCCUUACCCAACAACUCAGAAUCGAUUCGAGAAUAUGGUUCGAUUGUACAGGGUCAAGGACGAUGACGACCCUAAAUACAAACCAGGUAUGAUAACGGAUGCCGAAUAUGUAUCUUUCGAACAAAAAAGCUUCAGACAUAUGCGCUUGCAGGAAUUGCUCCAAAAACACUCCAAGGAAGCUAGUCUUAUCGUCAUAACGUUGCCUAUUCCUAGGAAAGGAACAUGCUCAGCGACUCUGUAUAUGUCUUGGCUCGAAAUAAUGACUCAAAAUCUUCCGCCUACUCUCAUGAUCAGAGGUAACCAACAGAGCGUUUUGACGUUUUACUCAUAAUUUUCGUUCGCGAAUUAUAUUAUUAAAUUAUAUUUCGUUUUUAAAGCACUUAUUCUAUUAUUGAAGAUAUUUAAUUGGAAUCAAAUUUUUAUUAUUUAUUUCUUCAAAGUGGGACA